UCAGCUUCAGCCUAGAAUACGGUUUACAUCGCAUCCAGACAUCGGCACGCUACCAAACAAUGCACAGGUACGCCCACUAUCGCGCUCCGGAAAACUGAACCGUCAUAAAAUUAAAAUGUGAAUUAAAACUUCUGGAACUCUUGACUAAUAUAAAAAACGUGCGUUUUUUAAUAAUCGAAACUCUUAAACAUGCAAAGUUUUGCGUUGAAUUAGGUGAUCAAGUUUAAUGACAAACAAUCCUUCGGUGUCGGGCAAAAUGUUUCCACGUGGUGUCGUAGUUUACAUUAUCGGAUUGCUGUUUAUAGUUCAUAAGUCAAGUACUCUUAGUAUUACUAACAUGACUGCACCUGUAAUCCAAGAUCCACGAAAAAAUUUACACAUUUUCUGCAAAUUUGACAUGGGAGGAGAAGAUUUAUAUGCAGUUAAAUGGUAUAAGGAUGAUCACGAAUUUUACAGAUAUUCUCCUUCGGGGCCGAGUAAAUACGUCCAGUAUCCAGUUCCCGGUGUCAAAGUAGAAGUAAGAAGCUCAAAGUGCGUAAAAAACUCGUGCGUUCUGGUUCUGACAGAGCUCCGGAGGCCGGAAAGUUCCGGAGCUUAUAGAUGCGAGGUGUCGAGCGAAGCUCCCGCCUUCAGAUUGGCAUCGCAAACCUACAACAUCACGGUAGCAGCCCUUCCAGAAAUUCCUCCGGCCAUGGAAAACUUAUCAGACAACUACUUUUUCGGCGAAAUUAUUCUGGCCACAUGCACUUCAGAUAUUGGCGAUCCUCAACCAAAAGUAACAUGGAAUAUUAACGGAAAUCCGGUACAAUCAAAAUAUUUGAAAGAGCUUCCCUCCAAAACCGAAGAAUUCGAGGUCAAUAGACAGAUUAAGCUGCGAAAUAGUAUAGUGCAAAUGAAUAUACCCCUCGACAAAAAAAUGGCGACCGAUAAACAGCCGACUACAAAAUUAGAAAUACAGUGUGUUUCCACAGUACCCGGUAUAAAUUACACGGUAUCGUCCAUACGUACUAUUAAAGUCACCGAUGAAAAUCAGCUGGUUAAAAAUCAGCAUCUCUAUUGGCCAAAUUCGUCUAGAUAUUUAAGUAUAGAUAAAGUUCUAUUCGUGUUUAUGUCUAUAGUUUUUUACCUUAUUUAAAAGUAUGUGAUUUUAUGUGAUAUAAGUCUUCUUUUUCGGGAUUAUUCCUUGCUCAUAUCACACCUGUACGUUCUUUAAAGAGUCGUUUUAUAAUAUAAAUUUUGUAAAUAAAAAUAUAUUUUAUAGUUAGAAGAAUUUUAAAUGUUUUUAUUUAUUGUUAUUACAUUAAUAAUAAAAAAACUGUGCUUUU